UCAUCUCCUCACAGAAUUAGCAUAGAGGAGGGAAUAAAUACUUCUGUGAGCUGAAUAAGAAUCAUUAUUCUGAGUUUGUUCUUCAGAUCAUCAUGCCUGAACCAGCCAAAUCCGCCCCGAAGAAGGGAUCCAAGAAGGCCGUCACAAAGACCGCCGGUAAGGGAGGAAAGAAGCGCAGAAAGUCCAGGAAGGAGAGUUACGCUAUCUACGUGUAUAAAGUCCUGAAACAGGUUCAUCCUGACACCGGGAUCUCUUCCAAGGCGAUGGGAAUCAUGAACUCUUUCGUCAACGACAUCUUCGAGCGCAUCGGCGGUGAAGCGUCUCGUCUCGCUCACUACAACAAGCGCUCCACCAUCACAUCGAGAGAGAUCCAGACCGCCGUGCGUCUGCUGCUGCCCGGUGAACUGGCCAAACACGCCGUGUCUGAGGGCACAAAGGCCGUCACCAAAUACACCAGCUCCAAGUAGAAGAACAUCCGGUUUCUCAACCAACACAAAGGCUCUUUUAAGAGCCACACAUCUUUUCAUUUAAAGAGUGGAUUAUUCAACAUGAAAUUAGAACCUGUUUUUACUGGACAUGCCCCAGCCUUCCCUUAAUGAAAACAAACCAACUUGCAAAACUGUCACACGGUGUGUUUAUGAUUUGUGUUUGUAUUGCUGCCAUUUUAUCCAAACAGCUUUCACUGUCUCCAGACUUGAAUAUUAUUGAUAAUCUCUGGUUACAUCUUAAACGUGCAGAACAUGUGAGACACUGAUAUUGCUGAACAGCAAGAAACGUUUUGAAGGUGUAAUUUCUGCCAAUUGUGUGAUUAUUACAGACUGAAAGGAAUCCAAACUUUUGCACCUGACACGUUUAUUUGUAUAAUUUAUUAUUGUUUAUUUGUUUAAUAUCUUUUUUAUCCAUAUAAACACAAUAUUUACUUGUUCUAGUGUGAAAUUGUAUAAAUAGAUGUAAAAAGUGUUUAGAGUCAUUAGAUGCUCAACAAUACAGGUGCAUCUCAAAAAGUUAGAAUAUCUGUUUUUGUAAUUCCUUUGCACAAAUGGUGGGAUAUUUGAUAACUACAGAGUUCUGCGCUCUCUCAAAAGCUUUAAAAGUGAACUACUAAUACAAUAUUUGUAUAAAAAUGUUUCAUGACUUUAUUAUCUUGUAAAUGCUACCCGCUAGGCUAACAGAUUAACACAUUAUACCCUCAUCAUACAUCAUAUCUCACAGUUUAUCAGUAGUCUUCCAAUUCUCUGUGCCCUACUGGAUGCUAUGAGAUAACAGAGAGUGACUGAUAUUGCUUUAGCAGGACCUAAUGGAGAGUGGUGCCAGAUACUUCUCUUUUCAUGAAGCUAAAGGAAGUGAACAGUACAGAGUGUGACAUAAACAGAUGCUGGAUCAAAAGUUAAGAAAUAAUCUACA